AUGUCCUACGAUAGAAUGGCAUCCGGGAGCGAGUUCAAUAACGACUCAAGCAGCUUUUUCAUGUCAGCAAAUCAUCAGCAAAUAGAAACGGCCCGCUUGCGAAAGGAUAUAAUAUUUACGAAGCUGACCUCAAUAGAGUUCACGGAUGAAACUGAAUAUUUGAAGAUAUUCAACAUUUCGUACACUGACAAAGAAGCCCUUGUGGUGUGCAACCAGAAAUCACACACAAUCGAAUUCUUUAUUUUCAGCAAUCCGGGGACCCCAGUCAGCUUGCCCUCGCUAAAGUCAACAUAUUCCGUGAAAGGAUUGGAUGCUGUAUCUUUAUCUACGGUCUCCAAACAUUCGGGAUACAUUAUAUUGCUAUACGAUCUAUCGCACGUUAUCCUAGUUAACCCGUUCCUGGGACUUUUGUCAUCAACAAUCGAUCUUUCUUCGCAUCUACCGCCUAUUAGGCUUCUCGACGACUGUUUCGGUCCUAGCCUUUCUGUACGUUGCGUGAAUGACAAACACUAUACGAUCCAAUUGGUUUUACAACCACAAGACAAGCUUGUUGAGACUUUCAUUGAACUACUCAAAUACCUUGCUAAUUCUUACACCUAUGAAUACUUUUGGCUUCAAUGGUGCGCCAAUUGCUCACUGGAUAUACCCCAAAACAAUGACUGGAAAACAUUCAUCGUGACUUUACUUUCACUUGCACUGCCAGAUGACUUUGAGCUUGGCAGCGAGCUUAAUGAUAAGAACCUGGUGUGCUCCCUACUACCUUACGCACAGUUGGCAAAACGGAACAUCGAAAAUAUGUCCACAGCAUCCCAUUCUAGAGGAGCAUACAUGCUUACAGAUUUAUUGCCGUCAAUAUUCUUAUCCCUUCAUCUCAUUAGAGAGGAGCUCAAGCUCAAUAUACUGGCAACAGAGAAAAUUGAACAGCUUUCAGUUCUGCUGGCUCAGCUCUGUAGCUGGAUGGGGUGGACCGACAACUGGUUCAAAUACUACAUGCAGGACUCUAGAACCAUUGAUCGCACCACCAAGUUUUUGACGGCUCAGCCAUUAGUGUCACCACCGAACCUUUUUCAAUCGCUGGCUAGCUUGUUUUCGAGCUCUAUUGUCCCGUAUGUGACUUUCUCUCAGAUUGCCGAAGAAGAUGAGACAAUUGACGAGUUAGUAACUCCACGCACAUUUUACAUUUUGCGAUUAUUUGAGGCACUCAUCUCGCCGGAGUUUCAACCCGCGGAUGUUGUCAAUAUGAUGGUGGACUAUAAUAUUGAUGCUGCUAUGCUAGAGUCAUUCCCACCGGGUGUUUAUCUGCCAUUGAAAAAUGCUAUAAUUAACUGCAGCGAGUCCGCUUUCCAUUGGAACACUGGUGUCGAUGAGCUUGAGUUGAUAGGACGGAAGGACCUUCUGGCAUUUACUCAAAAUCUAGCCAAAGAAACCUCAAGUACAAGACAUGACUACACAAACGUUCCACAAAAAGAUAUGAUGCAGAUACUCAAGUUUGUCAAUGAUCAUGAAUCAAUAAGUGCCUGGGAUGGUCAAGCAGAGGCUGAUAGAUUCCAGGUCACUAAAUUGAUAUAUCAUGAGGAUCGCAGAUUUUACGAACUGACAAAGCUUCUGCAAACAUCUCGUGUACAAACUGCGACGCUGAGACCUGACGACAAAAUGGAUGAACAUGAAAAGCUUGUCAGGCAGCGUGCUCUAGGAGCAAAGGUGGCUUUGCGAACAUUGACCAUGCCUCUGGGCAGGGGUGCUGUCUUCAUUUCAAGUAGGAAACCCUUGAUGACGGAAAGGUUCCCUAUACCUAAGAUGAAUUUUAAUGCUUUGAUUUUACCGGACAUGAUCAACGUCAGCUUAGAGAAAGACUCAAUUGACCAAGAAAUGUACAAUUGGGGAUUCUUCCACAAUGGUGCAUCCUCAGGACUGACAAUUUCUAGGGAAUCUACGCAAAUUAAUGGAAGUUGGAUUGUAUUCAAUCGUCCACCAACUUUGAAUGCACAACAUGCAGGAUUCCUUCUCGGACUUGGCCUCAAUGGCCAUUUGAAGAAAUUAGAGGAAUGGCACAUCUAUAAUUACCUGGGCCCAAAACACAACUUUACAAGCGUCGGCUUACUUCUUGGAAUGGCUGCUAGUCUUAAGGGAACAAUGGAUAUCAAAUUAACAAAAGUACUAUCGGUGCACGUUGUUGCAUUAUUGCCUCAAGGAUCAACAAAUUUAAAUGUCCAGUUACCAGUUCAAACAGCAGGCUUGAUUGGAAUAGGUUUGCUUUAUUUGGAGACACAACACAGAAGGAUGACCGAAGUCCUGCUCUCUCAGAUCAAUGCAACCCUUACUUAUAAUGAAAGAGAACUUGUCAGCGAAGGAUAUCGGCUUGCGGCCGGUAUAGCACUAGGCUAUGUCAAUUUAGGACAAGGCGAAAGUCUCAAAGCUUCUAAUGAUACUCAUGUCAUUGACAAAUUGUUUACAAUGGCUGUCUCAGUGAGGGAUAUACAGACCAUCGAAGAAUAUGAUAAAUCAUGUGGGGGUGCCAUUUUGGCACUUACCUUCAUGUUCCUGAAAACCGGUAAUUGUGAAGUUGCCUCAAAGCUUGCUAUACCGCAAACAAUGCAAUUGCUGGAUUACAUUAGACCAGAUUUCCUGAUGCUAAGGUGUCUUGGGGCAAAUUUGAUUAUGUGGGAUCAAAUUCGAGAUCACAGAGAAUGGGUCGAGGCGCAAAUUCCUCUUUGUGUGUCUGAAACAUACAAUGUUGAAACGAUACGCGAUCUUGAUAGCGAUUUCCUUCCUUAUCUAAACAUUUUAGGGGGAAUAUUGCUUUCAAUCUCGUUGAAGCACGCAUCAUCUGGAAAUACUGAGGCCAAAGAUACGCUUCUCUACUACUUUGACAGACUAAUGAGUAUAUGUGCUUUAGAGCCUAGGAAUUAUGAUGAACGUGUGGCAUUGAUUGGUGCCCGAAAUAUCAUGGAUGUUGUGAUUCUCGGGCUUUCUAUUAUAUGUGCUGGAAGUGGAGACUUGGACAUUUUCAGACGUUUGAGGUUUUUGCAAGGCGUGGUUGACGAGUCAAUGAAUUAUGGGAAUUACAUGGCAAUCAAUUGUGCGCUUGGUUUUCUGUUCUUAGGCGGCGGUCAGAAAGCUUUCCGGAAGAAUGAUUUUGGAAUUGCUGCUCUUGUAACCGCUAUCUACCCUGUUUAUGGAACUAACAAUUACAACAAUGGCAGUGAAUGUUCAGAAAUCCAUCUGCAAGCAUUGAGACACUUUUGGGCCCUGGCAGUGGAAAACAGGUGCCUUAACGUGCGAGAUGUGAAUACAAAACAGCCCAUCAAAGUCGAUGUGCAGAUAGAAACAAACCUUGGAUCGCUGAUCAAUCUCCAGACACCUUGUCUGAUUCCAGAGCUCGAUAGCAUUGCGAGAAUUUCUGUCGUCAAUUCGGAAAAGAUUUAUUUUCCGGUGACACUCGAUUUCAGGGAGCCAGGCACAUUGGAUUUAUUCAAGCAGGCUCACUUGAAUAUAUUUGUGUAUCGCAAAAGGGACUACCAAAAUUUGAGGCUUUCCUUUGACGAUAUAGUCAAGCAGAUUGAGACAGAUCAACAGAUAAGCGAUGAUGUUGAUUGCAUGAAAGAGCUGGAGAAUCUUAACAUAUUCAAGAACUUGACUCGUUUCGAGAAAGCAACAAUGGUCGACAACAAAAAUAAAGAUCACACAAAGAACUCUACGGUUCUGGACUUUAAGCUUGAGGUCGAAAGACUGGUAAGACGUCCGCAAAACAUGGAAGAUUUGUGGAACCUUAAACUGCUUUUUAAUUUCGUUGAAAAGCUACAAGGAGCCGAAGUUUACGAAGGUUUCAAGGAACCGAGUGAAAUGUCAAUCUCUGAGAAGUCAGAUAACUUUACAGAGAGAACGCAAACCGAGCUGAGCUUCUUAAAUAUGAAGUUCAUUGAAAAAUUGAAAAACGAUUUAUGGUCGUGCAUACAAAAUUCAAGCAGCUGGUCUGGCUGA